ACGAAACGAGACUCCGUCUCAAAAAAAAAAAAAAAAAAGAAAGAAAUGACCCAGUUAUUUGUUUCACUGUUCGCACUGACAGCUUGGCUCUGGGGGCCUUACAUUCGGGCAGUAACUGGAAAAAUGUGUCCAUCAGGCACAGAACCGAAUUCACGAGCAAAGCCAGGAACGUCCCAAACAGCUGCACCCGAGAUUAGGAUAAGGAAGCGAGGCUGUCAUGUCAACCUAAGCCUGGCCGCCCCGGAGCCCCGCAGAAGCAGCCAAGAGGUAAGACGCAAACUGCAGGACUGAUGCACAAUCUGAGUCUCCCUCUGCGGUUCGUCAACUUUUAGGAGCAAACACCAACGCCGGGCUCCGUCCCCUGCUGGAACUAUUCAGACGCGCAAGACACGUAACCAGCAAUCCUCCGCCCCGUUAAAUAGUCCUGCCGAGGAUGCCUCGGGGACGCUCUUUUCCACCACAGAAGUCCCUCGACAGACAGGCGAUGAGCCUCGGGGAUGCAUCAUCUUUCUGUCCGAAUGGGAGUACGGGUUUUCUGAUCAUUUUCCCUUCACAGAUUCCUCCGCCAGAACUCUUAGUCGCGGCGUCUUCUCUUCCGGGUCCGCCAUUUUGUCGCCUCCGUUUCUCCACGAGGGGGGGUUAAAGGCCCCCAAAACAUGAAUACAUGAAAAGAGCAAAAAGUAACCGUCCUUGACAGGGAGCCUUAACUAGAGAAGGAUACGGGACUAAACUGGCGGGCUCCGUGGAAGUGCGGCCGGCAGCGUCCCGGACAAGGAGAUGUCUUUGGUGGACUUGGGAAAGAGGUUGCUAGAAGCAGCAAGAAAAGGCCAAGAUGAUGAAGUGAGAACAUUGAUGGCAAAUGGCGCCCCAUUCACCACGGACUGGCUUGGAACAUCACCCCUUCACCUUGCAGCUCAGUAUGGCCAUUAUUCCACAGCAGAAGUACUCCUUCGAGCAGGUGUUAGCAGGGAUGCCCGGACUAAAGUGGACAGGACCCCCUUGCACAUGGCUGCGGCUGAUGGACAUGCACACAUCGUGGAACUGCUUGUUCGGAAUGGUGCAGAUGUGAAUGCCAAGGACAUGCUGAAGAUGACAGCUUUGCACUGGGCCACAGAGCGCCACCAUCGAGAUGUCGUAGAGUUACUUAUCAAAUAUGGAGCUGAUGUCCAUGCUUUCAGCAAAUUUGAUAAAUCUGCCUUUGACAUAGCUCUGGAGAAAAACAGUGCUGAGAUUUUGGUCAUCCUCCAGGAAGCAAUGCAGAAUCAGGUGAAUGCUAAUCCAGAGAGAGCCAACCUUGUGACUAAUCCUGUGACUAUGGCUGCUCCAUUCAUCUUCACGUCGGGAGAGGUUGUUAACCUUGCUAGCCUUGUGUCUUCAACCAACAGCAAAACAUCUUCAGCUAAUUCAGAGGAAAUUAUAGAGGGAAAUUCUGUUGACUCAUCAAUCCAGCAAGUAAUGGGGAAUGGAGGCCAGAGGGUCAUCACCAUAGUGACUGAUGGAGUCCCUUUGGGUAUCCCUACUGGAGGCAUUGGCCAGCCAUUUAUUGUAACUAUGCAAGAUGGACAGCAAGUUCUAACUGUACCUGCUGGUCAGGUUGCAGAGGAGACUGUAAUUGAAGAGGAAGUAGAAGAGAAGUUGCCACUAACAAAGAAACCAAGGAUAGAAGACAUGACAAACAGUGUAGAGGAAAGCAAGAUUAUGCUCCUCCAUUCUGUCUCCUGUUCUCUGUCCUGGGAGAGUGACAAAUAUGAACAUCAAUGGGCUUCCUGUGUUUUGGCUUCCAGUUGGAUUCAGCCAAUAGGGGGCCCUGGCAGGAGACUCAGGGGAGAGAAAAAACUGAAGUCAAUGUAUUGACAUCUGCCCGGCACAGUGGCUAACUCCUGUAAUCUCAGCUACUGGGGAACCUGAAGCACGAAAAUCACUUGAACCUGGGAGGCGGAGGUUUCAGUGAGCUGAGAUCACACCACUCCACUCCAGCCUGCAAUUCUAUCUUUAAAAAGAAAAAAAAAAGUCACUGCUUCUCUCAAAGCACUCUCCCCCUCCAGGACCUAGAAACCAGUAUCUCCUUUAUCCUUUUAGGCCAAAGGCAGUUAUUAGCCUCCAGCUACUGACCUAUCCUUUGCCCAUACCUUUAAAAAUAAUCCUUCAUUAUUUUGAGAAUGUUAUUUUCUGUUGGGACCCUGUCCAAUACAACUGGUAAAGAUAGGUGAUCUUUUAGAUUUAUAGGUUUCAUAUUUUAUCCAUGUACUUGAAACUUACUUUCAUACAUACAACCUUACGUUCUUAUGAGCUAACAGUUCUGAAGGGUCAACUGCUGGAUUAAGUAGCAGACAAUGACGCGUACCCGUGUGGUUUUCAUGCAUGGGAUGGUGACAUUAAGGAGUUAAAAAUCUGAGAGACAAUAACAACUCAGGCCCCUGUGACUUCGCCUCCAAAGAACCCAAGAUGCUGAACAGCUUUUCAAGCUCUACGAGUGUGGAACCUUCUGUUUCAAGUCCCCAAAGCCUUACAUAAACUGAUGGACUCUGCCUGCUGGGGCCAUGGUUUCUCCAUAAUCUCCCAGGAUGCCUCUGAGAAAUCAGCCUAGAAAUCCCUGAGGAUGAUGAUGUCCUCCUGUUGGCACAUUCUGGUUUUCCUUAAGACAAAAACUGAGCUAAUAGUAUGAUUUUUUAAAAAGAAUAUUAGUAAAUUCCUUGAAGUCAUAUUUAUCCUGUCGUCAAAAAUAAUUUCUUUGAAUUCAUCCUCAAUGUAUUAUUUAC